AUGGCAGAGUUAGAACAAGAUAAACGCCGAGAAGGCUCGCUGGAGACCGCUAUAGAUGCGCCAGCUGAAUCCUCACAGCAGGGUGUUGAAGGGGCUGAUGAAACUAGUCGCCUGCGAGCUCUUGAUGCUGAUAUCAGAGACCAAGACGACCUCGAGAGAGAUAUCACACGCCAGGCCGAUAAGAUAUUAAGGGAACAGGCUAAUGAGCGAGAUAUUCGGCGCCUGGAACGUACCAGAAAUGAGAAAGUGAAGAUUGAAUCCCAAGUUCUCAGGCUUCAUCAGCGACUGUCGGAGCCGAUAGGUACCUCUGCCCGGGUAAAGUACGACGCAGACAUUAAGAAUGCAGAAAGUCGCUUGACACAGCUUGAGAUAGACCUAAAGGAGAUACAGCAGCGUAUCGAGGAGCGCGGUGGGGAAGAGGAUGCUGUCGGUGCCGGUGCCGGUGCUGGCCCUGAAGAAGGGUCGGCAGCCGGGAGACUGCCUAACGAAUCACGCAGGGACUAUCUCAUACGCACAGGCAAGAUUACCCCCUUUUCGCGCAUGGGCGGGGGUGCAGGAGAUGAUGCAGGUACCACGUUGCAGAGCGCUUUGUUCGAAGCGGAGGAUGAGCGAGACGAAGAGCUUGCGCUUGAAGCCGCGGGUGAACAGCCCGUUGCUUCACAUCGGCACCUGAUGAAACCGGGGUUUGAUGAUACCCAGUUUGAAGAAGCCGCCCGUCCGACAAAGAGGCGAAAAGUAACUGGUGGUUCUGGUGUGGUAACUAGUUCACCUGCUAUAUCGGAUGAGGAAUAUGUUGAUGGUGGCAUAGAAGAAGAAGAGGAGGAGGAGGAGUCCGCAGAUGAGGAAGAGUUGGACUCGGAUGAGACGGCCACACGAGCUCGAAGAAAGAAAGGUAAAGGCAAAGGGAAGUCGAAGACUGCUGAUACCAUCGAAGACUUCAAGGGUGUGGAUGAUGGAGACGAGCGAGUGUACCAGUCACGGCUGCGGGAUUGGGUGCAUAGACGGUCUGAAGCCCGCGAUCGCGCAAAACUAGAGGCCCUUCGCCUUUCAGGAGAGGAUAACGUUAAGCCAGAAGAGGAACAGAUCCCAGUUCAACAGCAGGAAGAAGAAUGGCAUUUACCGCAUCCAACUACCCCUGACACAGUGCUGGAUGGUGGCUAUCAACUCCCAGGAGACAUACACCCAUAUCUCUUUGAUUACCAAAAGACAGGCGUCAAAUGGCUAUGGGAGCUGUACCAGCAACAGGUUGGUGGAAUUAUCGGUGAUGAGAUGGGCCUCGGCAAGACAAUACAAGUUAUUGCUUUCCUGGCUGGUAUUCAUUAUAGCAAGAAGCUCAAAGGCCCCAUAAUUGUCGUCUGUCCACCAACCGUCAUGAAGCAAUGGGUUAAUGAGUUUCAUCGCUGGUGGCCACCUUUCCGUGUUUCGAUAUUACAUACCUCUGGGAGCGGGAUGGUCAAUAUCAAAAGUGAAAGCCAGGCUGAAGAUAGGUAUACCUCUGGCGUUUGGGGAGAUCGGAACGCUACUUCGCAAAGAGGCAAUAAGGCGGCUCGUCGCAUCUUGAAAAGAGUUUUGGAAGACGGCCAUGUGUUAGUCACUACCUACGCCGGGCUGCAGACGUACUCCUCCCUUCUUAUACCCGUAGACUGGGGCAUCGCUGUGCUGGAUGAAGGCCACAAAAUACGUAACCCUGACACUUCAAUUACCAUCCACUGCAAGGAACUACGCACCUCUCAUCGUCUGAUCCUUUCUGGCACACCGAUGCAGAACAAUCUGACCGAGCUAUGGUCAUUAUUCGACUUUGUCUUCCCCAUGCGUCUAGGCACUCUGGUCAAUUUCCGAAACCAGUUCGAGCUCCCCAUUAGAACAGGAGGUUAUGCAAAUGCCUCUAACCUGCAGGUUCAAACGGCAGCAAAAUGUGCCGAGACGCUCAAGGAUGCCAUAAGCCCAUACUUACUGCAACGAUUCAAAAUGGACGUUGCCGCCGACUUGCCCAAGAAAAGCGAGCAGGUUCUCUUCUGUAAGUUGACUAAGGUGCAGAGAGCAGCAUAUGAGGCCUUUUUAGCCUCAGGCGAGAUGUCGUCCAUACUGCGUGGGCGGCGAGAAGCGCUAUACGGCAUCGACAUGUUAAGGAAGAUAUGCAACCAUCCAGACCUGACGCAGCAUAAAAUCCUGUCACAAAAGACAGACUACAACUAUGGUAGCGGCGCAAAGUCAGGGAAGAUGCAAGUAGUCAAAUCCCUCCUAGAGUUGUGGAAGGAAACGGGACAUAAAACUCUUUUAUUCGCCCAACAUCGAAUCAUGCUCGACAUAUUGGAACGCUUCAUCAGAGGGUUCGAUGGGUUUAACUACAGGCGUAUGGACGGGAAUACACCUAUCAAAGCUCGGCAAAGUAUGGUGGAUGAGUUUAACAAUGACCCGGAUCUACAUGUAUUCCUCCUUACUACGAAAGUAGGCGGGCUGGGGGUGAACUUGACAGGUGCAGAUAGGGUGAUCAUCUACGACCCAGACUGGAACCCUUCUACAGACAUGCAGGCUCGCGAACGAGCAUGGAGACUAGGCCAGAAACGUGAGGUAACCAUCUACCGGCUCAUGACUGCAGGUACUAUCGAGGAAAAAAUAUACCACAGACAAAUCUUCAAGCAGUUCCUGACGAACAAAAUCCUGCGGGAUCCGAAACAGCGUCAGACUUUCCAGAUGAGUGAUAUACAGGAUUUGUUCACUCUGGGUAACGAUGGGCCCACGGAGACCAGCCAGAUGUUCAAGGACGCGGACGUGGUGUAUGAAGAUGAUGCAGCAAAGGGUAAAAAUGUUGGGCCUGCUGGGCGCCAGCAACGACGCAGGCAACCUGAGAAUAAGCCCGUGAAGGAAGAAGAUCAGAAAAUCAGCCGGGUGACUGGUGUCGCUGGGAUGGAGGAGUAUCACGACGAAGCCAGCGGCCCCGGAACCCCUCAAGAGGAAAAGGAAGGGGAGGGAGACUCCAAGGGCAAGACAGACGCUCGUCUAAUGGAGAACAUCUUCUCUCGUUCCGGAGUUCUCACUGCCCUCGAACACGACCAGAUAAUCCACGGCAAACGAACAGUCAAAGCAGACCCGAAAAUCAUUGAGACUGAGGCCAAGCGAGUCGCAGCAGAGGCAGCCAGGGAGCUUCUCAAAGCAGAAGAGGUUGCUCGCACCGUACCAGCCGGCACACCUACCUGGACCGGCCAGUUUGGCACCGCAGGUCGUCCGGGCCUCGACGUCGCGCCGUCUGGUACAUCUUCUAUCUAUUCUGGCGGUGGUAGUACUGCCCGUCGGGCUAUGGGUGGGCCGUCGUCUGCCAGCCUACUUGCCAACCUCGCCAGCCGAAAUGCAGCAGGCGGUAGAGCAGGCACUCAAUCCGCAUCUGGGUCUCCUUCCGCCUCAGCCUCUGCUUCGACCGCUGCUUCAAGAACAGGCACGCCACGAACAAGUACACCGACGGGGAGAGAAUUCCUGGCGAUGAUACGGGACUAUAUCAUCACGCAUGGGGGAGCAGUAUACACGCAGAUGCUGGUUGACCAUUUCAACCGAUUUUGCGACUCUCCGCGAGCCACGGCCGAGUUCAAGGAGAUUCUUCGUACGAUAGCCGUGCUUGACAAGUCAGGGACAGGGACGCGAGCAAGAGGCAAAUGGGUACUGAAGCCUGAGUAUGCUAGGAAGUGA